CGCAUGUGAAAGUGUUGGCACAACUGCAGAAAGGCAGUGGAUUGUGGGUGCAGGACAAGGAUUUGUGGAUAGAACCUACUUACACCCAGUGUCUCUAUCUGGGGAUAUCUGAGGAGUAACAGGAGGAGCUGGGUGGCACCCACACUGGCACUGGCAGGAGCCAAAGGCCUCUCCCCUACAGUAGGUGCUCCAGCUUUGUACCUCCCCACCCUGACUCACAUAGCGGCACUGAGCAGCCACCAGGACCCGCUGGGUUUUGUACCAGGGUCCAGUGAGUGGCAACGAAAGCCAAGAAGUCAUUGCCAUGGGGGAAUCAGUGGAGCUAAAUGGGACAGGGGAGCACUUGGCGCUGCGGGAUUCAGAGGUCACAGUCAGGAGGCCACUGAAUAUCAAUCAUUAUGCCAAUAAGAAGAGCGUAGCAGAGAGCAUGCUGGACGUUGCCUUGCUAAUGGCCAAUGCCUCACAGAUGAAAGCAGUCAUUGAUCAGGGGCCCAGCUUCUCGUACUAUAUACCACUCCUCGUUCUGAUCUCCAUUUCCUUCAUUUUGCAGGUCAUCGUCGGAAUUCUACUCAUCUUUAUAGUGAAAUAUGAUCUGAACAAUCCGGCCAAGCAUUAUAUACUGAACAUCCUGGAAAAUACAGCCACGGGCCUGGUCUUUAUUAUAGUGGUCGUUAAUGUUCUGAUCACGGCGUUUGGAGUUCAGAAACCUGCAGAGACCUCACCGAGUGUCUGAGACACCCCACUGCCCGGGGACCCCCAAUAAUGGUGUGUGGACACAAGAAGGAAUAUAAGGAGCUUAUUAUUAUUAUUUUAUACUUUCAUUAUCACUGCCCAGGGACAUGUCUGUGUUCUGACUGUGGGGGCUCCCAGUUUGGGGGGGGGGGAGCUGCCUGGAACUGGAAAGGAUUCACCUUACAGGGAAUUUCUCAUUCUCAGGAACGUAACCUCUGAGGGGUCAUAUAGGCUUAAAGGUGGAGUCGGGGAGUGUGACAUAUCCCAGCAUGCAGUAGUCUCAGCUAUACACCUGUAUCUCCCACUUACCUUCAGUGCCUGAACCCCAAACCCUCCCUUGUAACGUCCCGGGGAACUGCCCCGUUACCUCUGCCCCCUACAGUCUGGGCAGCAUCUUGUACAUUUAUUACACGGCUUUGCCCCAAUAUCUCCUCUCCCCGGGGAGAAUAGAAAACGUGUUUGUAAAUACGGAUUCUGCUGAAAAUAUACGUCUUUUAUUUUGUAUUUAUCUUCAGUACAACCACUUUAUGAUCAAUCUUAUCAGAUGUUUUUUUUUUUUUUCAAAAAAUAGUUCGAUGUUUAUUUUACAAUUUCAAAUAAAUAAUUUUUAUAAA